AUGCUCUUCUCGGGAAGUUCUUCCGCAAAAGUCAAAAAGGAUGAGAAAAAGGAGAAGAAAUUGGAGAAAGAUGAUCGAUACGAUAUUCAGGAAGCUGUAUUUAUGCGUUGGGCAAAUUCAUUGGCUGAUGGAGUAGUGAAAGAACUAAACGAUAUUUUUGAUACAAAAUUUCUAUCUAUUUUUACGCAACUUAUUACAGGAGAUUUAUUUAUAAGCUCGGGUUCUCGAGUACAGGAUAUAUCAAAUGCGUUUCGCCUUGUCGAUAAUGAUGAACGUUUCAGCCAGAUAAGCGUCAACGAACUUGUUGAUGGAAAUCCUCGAGCCGUAUGUUCCGCUGUUUGGCAGCUUGUACAGGUUUUUUGGAAAAGAUUCGCUCCAGCUGAUGUUCGUGAUCAGAAAAUGGCUGAGGCACUGAAAGAUUGGUGUGUUGAACGAGCGCAACGCUUUGAAGUGCAAAUUAAUGAUUUCAUCUCGUCGUGGAGAGAUGGCUAUGCUUUAAAUGCUAUUUUACUAUCAUAUAACCCAGAACUAUUCAGUAUGAAUCAGAUACGUGACAUGCGGGCGGUUGAUCGCAUUGAACAUGCAAUGAGCCUAGCCGAACGUUAUGUCAAUACUCCACGUCUUCUUCAUCCGAAAGAUUUUUCCAGCGAACGUUUGGAUAUGAAAAGUGUUGUAUGUUAUCUCAUGGUACUUUACCUCUCACUCACAACUGGAGUUCCAUCACCGGAACCGGAACCUCAGUCUCAUCCUGAACUACAAUCGUCUGAACAAGCUGCAGAAUCAUCGGAAUCUUCUAAAAGCACACAAAGCCCUGGGAUAACUAACCAAAAAGAUGAUAUAAAAAGCAAUUUUCAAUCCAUGAUAGAUUCAGUAAUGCAACCGGUAGAGAUUGCUCAUGCUGAGGCGGAAUAUCCGGUUCGAAGUCCCGAACAAUCUUCUUCUGCCCCAUCAUCCAGAAGGCACUCACAACUAACCAACGAAGUUAGUUUAACUAAUCCUUAA